UUGGACUAUUUUAGUCCUAUUUCAGUAGUCUGCUCGUGGCUCUCAAUGUUCCGCAUGAAUCCUUGUUCCUAAUCACAAUUUCUCCCAUAGUUUCAUCGCCUGUAUCCAUGUCGGUAUCUUACGUUCGGCGUUGUCUACACACCCGUAUACCCCUUCGCUGCCUUUUCACAGAAUCUUCAGCUAAUUCAGAGCCAACCUCAACCUCAACUUCAACACCCAAUUUGGUUUCAGACCCACUUUUCAAAUCUAGAGUUUCAGAACUGAUUUCAAAGCAGCACUGGUCUCAACUCAAGGACCUAAUUAAACCCAUUAACCCAACUUCUUUUCUUCAACAACUUUUUGAUUCUGGGUUUGAUUCUGCCACCAUUUUGCCUUUCUUUAAAUGGUCUCAACAUGGUUAUCAGGUUUACCACCCUCUUCACCAUUUAUUCAAACUGCUUAUUUUGUUAGUCAAUGAUAAAAGAUACCCAAAGGUUCGAUCUUUAUUGCAUGAUUUUGUUAAGUAUGGGAAAACCCAUACGGUUUCUUCUGUUUUUCAUACACUCUUGACUUGUAGUGAUAAUGUUUGUGCUAAUUCUAUUAUUGUUGACAUGUUGGUAUUGGCUUAUGUUAAUAAUGCUAAGCUUGAUUUAGCUCUGGAGGCUUUUAAGAGAGCUGGAGAUUAUGAAUUUAAGUUAUCUGUAUUUUCGUGUAAACCGAUGCUUAAAGGGGUGGUGAAUGAGGGGAAAUUUGAGGUAGUAGAGCUUUUGUAUAAGGAGAUGAUUAGGAGGAGAAUUGAGGUUGACGUGUACACGUUUAAUAUUGUAAUUAAUGGGUUAUGUAAGGUGGGGAAGUUGAAUAAGGCUAAGGAUGUGAUGGAAGAUAUGAAGGUUCGGGGGAUUAUUCCGAAUGUGGUUACUUACAAUACAUUGAUUGAUGGGUAUUGCAAGAGGGGCGGGGAUGGGAAAAUGUAUAAAGCUGAUGCAUUUUUGAGAGAAAUGGUGGAGCAGGGGGUGAGUCCAAAUCAGAGAACUUAUAAUACUCUUAUUGAUGGGUUUUGUAAGGACGACAAUGUCGGGGCAGCUACGAAGCUCUUUAAAGAAAUGCGGCUUCAAGGGAUGAGACCGGACAUUGUAACGUUUAACUCGUUAAUUAAUGGGUUCUUUGGUGAUGGGAAAGUUGAUGAGGCUCUUGGUUUACGUGCAGAAAUGGUACGUCUAGGAUUGGAGCCUAAUAUUCGGACUUAUAAUGUACUGAUAAAUGGGUUUUCAAAAAUGAAGAUGUUCGGAGAGGCUAAAGAGUUGUUUGAUGAUGUUAUGAAGCAAGGGUUAGAUUUAAAUGUACUAACUUUUAAUACAGUUAUUGAUGCUCAUUGUAAGGCUAGCAAAAUGGAAGAAGCAGUCACACUUCGUGAGUUGAUGUCGAACAAACUGAUUUGUCCUAACAUUUCGACAUAUAAUUGCUUAUUAGGGGGUUAUUAUCGAGAGGGAAAUAUUGAAGCAGCAAAAAAGCUACUGGAGGAAAUGGAGGAGAAGAGUGUGAAGGCUGAUGUUGUAACUUACAAUAUUCGAAUAGAUGCAAUGUGCAAAAGGGGAGAAUCAAGAAAGUCAGUUAGACUUCUGGAUGAGAUGUCUGAGAAAGGGCUGAUCCCAAGUCAUGUGACUUACAACAAUUUGAUGGCUGGCUACUGCCAAGAAAGAAACCCCAAGGGAGCUGUUACUAUUAGGAAAAGAAUGGAGAAGGAAGGAAAGCAACCGAAUGUUGUCACUUACAACGUGUUGAUUAAAGGUUUCUGUCAAAAAGAUAAGUUGGAAGAAGCAAAUGCUUUUUUGAACGAGAUGUUGGAAAAAGGAUUGGUACCCAAUAGAACUACCUAUGACAUUAUCAGAGAAGAAAUGAUAGAGAAGGGAUUUGUCCCUGACAUAGAUGGACACCUCUACAAUGAUGUUGUCAAUUGUUAACUAUGGUGGAGAAGUUUGAGAGCGGUCUAAUAGACCCAUUCUGUCAUUGCUUUUGGUACCCCAUAUUCUGUCAAUGUUAUUUCACACUUAAACUACUUUUGAGUACCCUGUUCUUCAGGAAGGAGCAAAAAUCUGUGGUUCAUGGUUCGAGUGCAAUGCAGGGUUGGUUAAUCAUAUCGAAACCCGUUCAUGGGUGCAACUCAAUGGAGGAAUUGUCUGCUUCUCUUUUGCGCCACGAAAAACAAUCUUCUGUGCUCAGCCAUAGUUGCAACUGAUGUAAAAGGUGAAAUUGGAUAACAGUUCUUUAGUUCUUGUUUUUUCAUUAUAUUUGUUGCAAUCCUUCUAUGUGAUUAUGCUGACAUUUAUGUCAUAAUGGUUUCAAUGGAUGACGAUGAGCUGCUAUUUCUGAGAAAUGAUGGUUGAUUUCAUCUAAUAUUUGGUGAUGUUAAUUUAGCUUUUGAGUCUUUACCACUAAAAUCUGCCAACUGAUGUAUGAUAUGAUACACAACAUGUAAAGAUACUCCCUUGGUAUCAUGUAGUUGAAUUAGUUUUGUGAGGGGUAUGUGAUGGAUAGAUUGAUGUUCUUGAAUAAAUAAAAGAUUGAACUGAAAUAGUGCUCAAAUGCAUGGAAGAUAAAAGGUUGUCGUGAGGGACCAUGCAUGAAUGUAAAAAAUAAAGUAGUAAUUUGAGUUGUUGGGGAAAUUGUUUACCCUUUGUGGAAGGUUCAGCUUUUUGAGAACCUUAGGUAGAUGGUUGGCUAGACAUGAUGCUAGCUUUGAGUUAAUUGAAUCAUUUAAAUGAUGAAACUGUAAGGACAAAAAUCCAAAUAUAAAUUAUGCCGGAUGAAUGGAGGUAGCUGAUGAUGUCCUAGAAACUUUUCUGAAAAAGUGUGAGACUAUUUUUUCGAUCAACUAGUCUCAGGGUACGCGCUUUGCGCGUGUAACCCAACUCAAUGGAUAAUGUUUUAAAAAGAAUUACAUAAAUAUUUAUGUAAAAAAUAUAUCUCAGUUAUAAAAUAAAGGUUAAGCUCUAGAAAUUAAAAAAUAUUCCACCUAUAUUGCGAACUCAAUAAAAAAAGAAACUAUGUCUCAUAGAGUCCUCAAUCAUCAUUCAAAUAUAUUCAUCUUAAAUUUUGUUCUAGCUUUAUAAUUUUAUCAGCUCAAUUUCAAAAGUU